AGGCCAUUUGUGAUUACCAGGGAUUUGUGUACGGAUGUAUUACGGAGCCCGUUAUGUCUGGAGAACAAUAAAGAAGACGCUACAGAUGGCACGUGACAUCGCAAAGGUUUUAAUUUAAUUUACAAACAGUUCGAUUUUAAAUAUAGAAUAAAGACUGGCAGACGCAAGGUUAAUAAAUAAUUAAAAAUAAAGGACUACAGGAAGACGCGCGCGCUGUUGAAAGUUUCAUCGAUCUGCGCGCUCUCGUCGCGUGAUGCCGAAUUGAGUUCGCGGGGGUCUCGUGGAACGGCGCCAAUACUCCGUAACGGUUUCUUAGCGGAUGUGCUUUAAAUUUCCGUCGUGAGCGGAGUUCAUUUCGGAGCUGUAGCCUGAUAUGUGAGCCCGUUACCGGAUUCCGAGGCUGUGGAAAGCGCAAUGACAGCUCGGUUCGUGCUUGAGGAGGGGUCAACGGUCUCAUUUCAGAGGUCAUUGCAGUGUUGAAUUCACAGUGCAGCCCACAGAUGCAGUAAACAAACUUCAUCACCAGAAGGCUUGGAGACGAAGCACUCCUGUUCAUGGAGGGCCACUGGACCCUGCUGCUGUUUCUGGGGGCGUACCUGGUCCGCCUGGCUGCUGAGACACGCUUGAUUACAGGCCAAGGCAUCUACACCAACACGUGGGCCGUCCACAUUGAAGGAGGAGCAGAGGAGGCUGAGAGGAUUGCACACAAACAUGGUUUCAUCAGUCACGGGCAGGUUUUCGGGGAUUAUUAUCAUUUCCAGCACAGGGGUGUGGUGAGAAGAUCUUUGUCCGGUCAUCGUGGGGUUCAUGUCCGACUGCACGCCGAGCCACAGGUGAUUUGGGCAGAGCAGCAGAUUGCCAAGCGAAGACACAAGAGAGACAUUCAUAUUGAACCCACAGAUCCCAAAUUCUCCCAGCAGUGGUACCUGUACAAUCCCAGUCAUGGAGACCUGAACGUGAAGGAGGCCUGGGCUCAGGGCUUCACAGGAAGUGGAGUGGUCGUGACCAUUCUAGAUGACGGCAUUGAGAAAGAUCACCCUGAUCUAGCCAGAAACUACGAUCCAGACGCCAGUUAUGAUGUGAAUGACAGAGAUCCAGACCCCCAGCCCAGAUACACACAGCUCAACGACAACAGACAUGGGACACGUUGUGCCGGGGAGGUGGCGGCAGCCGCAAACAAUGGCGUCUGUGGAGUGGGUGUGGCCUACAAUGCCAAAAUCGGAGGUGUGCGGAUGUUGGAUGGAGAGGUAACAGAUGUUGUGGAGGCUCAGUCUCUGAGCUUGAACUCCCAACACAUCCACAUUUACAGCGCCAGCUGGGGCCCAGAGGAUGAUGGGAAGACAGUGGAUGGCCCUGCCAAACUGGCCAAAGAAGCUUUCCUGCAGGGGGUCACUGAGGGUCGAGGUGGACUGGGCUCUAUCUUCGUGUGGGCAUCGGGUAACGGAGGGCGAGAGCGGGACAGCUGCAACUGUGACGGAUACACCAACAGUAUCUACACGCUCUCCAUCAGCAGCACCACACAGUAUGGCAAUGUGCCGUGGUACAGUGAGGCCUGUUCCUCCACCCUCGCCACCACCUACAGCAGCGGAAACCUCAACGAGAAACAGAUUGUGACGACGGACCUGAGGAAGAAGUGUACAGACUCACACACAGGCACGUCUGCCUCGGCUCCGCUGGCCGCUGGAAUCAUCGCUCUCGCUCUGGAGGCCAACAUGAACCUGACCUGGAGAGACAUGCAGCAUCUUGUUGUAAGAACCUCACGUCCCGCCCACCUAAUAACCAACGACUGGAGGACCAAUGGUGUGGGCCGAUUAGUGAGCCAUUCCUACGGCUAUGGUCUGCUGGAUGCUAGUGCCAUGGUCGCUUUGGCCCAGAACUGGAGCAACGUGGGGCUGCAGCACAAAUGUGUCAUUAAUAUGCUGACCGAGCCCAGGGACGUAAGAAACCACCUGGUCUUCAGCAGAAGUGUAGAGGCCUGUUCUGGGCAGCUGGACUUUGUGAGCUCUUUGGAGCAUGUUCAAGCCAGACUCACCCUCUCCUAUAACCACAGAGGAAACCUGGCUGUUCACCUCAUCAGCCCACUGGGAACUCGCUCCACGCUGCUGGCUCCACGGCCUCAGGAUAACUCACCCGAAGGGUUCAACGACUGGGCAUUCAUGAGCACUCACUCCUGGGACGAGGACCCUCGGGGAGAAUGGACGCUGGAGAUUGAGAAUGUGGCUGGACUUAAUGAUUAUGGGGUUCUUUCACAGUUCACCCUCAUCUUAUACGGCACCGGCUCCAGUGCCACAGAUCCGUCCAUUUCCGAUUACACCCGGCCUUCAAACAACAGCUGCAAAACCUUUGACACCCAGCAGAUCUGCAUCGAAUGCAGCACGGGUUUCUCGCUUUUCUUGCAAGGCUGCGUGAAGUCCUGCCCUCCCGGCUUCAGCUCUGGGCUGCAGGUGCUCAACUUGUCGUUGGACAGCUGGGUGGAACAUUCUACCGUACAGGCGUGCCUGCCCUGCCACCCGGUCUGCCUGACAUGCUUCGGGUCCGGGGAAAACGAAUGUCUUUCCUGUCCCCUCCACAGUCACUUAGUGGCCACUUCUUGUUUGCACCAGGACCAGCGAAAAUGGCCCAGCAUUCCCAUGCUUCAGCACAAGGUGGACUUAAACUCAGAUAAAUCCUUGCACGAUCCUGGCCUAUCCUCAAGACUGCCGGCACUGGUGGCGGUGCUCAGCUGUGCCUUCAUCCUGGCCACUUUCGCAGCGGUUUUUGUGCUGCUUCAGCUGCACUCCAGAGCAGCCAGUGCCCCGUUCUGCCGCAGGGCCAAACUGCCGCUGAUAGAAACGGGCGGAGGGGGAAUACGAGUGGGCUUCGGGUUCGGACUCGGCCGGGGGAAAGUGUCGUACCGGGGUAUCCCCACUGUGUGGGGGGACGAGGAUACAGCAGGAGGGAUGAACUCUGAGUCCGACAGCGAAGAGCUGGAGUAUCACAGCGAAAAGACUGCUUUUAUACGGACUCAGAGCGCUCUUUAGCACCACAUUUAAGACUUUUACAUCUGUCUUCCUUGUACUGGGACACAGAACUAGACUGCACUCUUACAGAAGUUUAUGUGUGUCUGAGAGAGAGAAUGCCAUAUAUGAGCUAUAAUGGUACAAUUGCGGUUUGAUGAGGUUGACUCUAACGCGAUUAAACCUAGGACAUCUCCGCUGCGCUCUGCUCCCUUUAUUUUCACCUUUAUUUGUCUUAGUGCUCUAGCCACCAGGAUCAAUACCUGCAACAGUUGGUGUGUGUGUGUGUGUGUGAGAGAGUGCCAGCUGAGCUCGUAGAUGUGUUUGUUGUGCGUGUGCAGCGUUUGAGUUACUUCGAGUGACUUUGUAACACAACAAAAGGGCUGUAGUUUGUUCCAGUCGACUUUUAUUAAAAGUUUGGACCGUUUUUAUGAACAAAACUUCUUGCACUUCUGUAACUUCCAUUACUCCCAUUGCCUUUAUAUCACUCUUCAUUUGUGCUACAAGUCCUCACACUCCUUCUGCUCUCUCUGCUAGUCAGAAGGCAGCUCCGGGACAUUUCCACUGAUUCGAUCAGGGAUGAUUUAACUGCAUAAUUUCUGUUGCAACAGAGAUGUUGCAAUAGCAUCCGCAAAGUGAACCAUAACAGCAUGGAAUUAGAUAACAGGCAAACCUCUGCCUGCGAAGAGCCUCCGGCACGGAUUCAGAACAGUGCGAAUCACAGACAAACAAGUGAUCCAGAUGCUCCAUGUGCAGAGAUCCAGCACUGUCUUAGAUUGAUUUGGGAGCUCUAGAUUAGAAAUAUCUUGAUAAACAGUGAGUUUUUGUUACAUCAUAAAAGUUGUAUCCUAAAUUUGAAAUUUUGAUCAUUUAACUUUGUUUUGUCCAUUCUAUCUCUCAGCUAAUUAGCAUGUACCUUUCACAAAUGGCUCAGUGAAUAUCUAUAAUGGGUUUUCAACAGCAGUGCUUGAACAAAAAGGAAACUUCAUCCCAGAGGUUAUUUUAUUGAUUUUCACAUGGGAGCUUGGCUUCAAGACGUGCCUGUGCUAAACACAAAGGAGCCUCAAGAGGAAAUCUGUCAUAUAUUUCCCAAAAGGUCAGUGUCAGAGCUGAGACAUGAAUUCAACUCCUAUUUGUGGAGCCCUUGUUAGGUCGUUUUUUAUAAUCAUGUGACAUUUCAAUGCUACAGAGAUAUAAUGACACUAUAAUCCGGACAGUUCAACUGAUCCAAAAAGCUAGUAUACUGCCUACAUAGGUGGCUACUUGCUACCUUCUAAGGCAGCAAGCUAACCGAAAGAGGUAAAUAACAGAUUUGGAGAGCCCUUCAAAGGCAACUCAACUCAUAAUUCAUUAAAAUAGAACUGACUAUAGCAUGCAGCUAGGCUAAUGAUGCAAUACACACAAAAA